CUAGUAUUUGCAGCCAACCUGAGAACAUAGAAUGCAGAGCCAAAGAAUUACCAAAUGCUCCUUUAAAUAUGUUGGGUCAAAAUGUUACAUGUGAUCCUGGGGUCGGACUGAUUUGCAACAACAAGGAUCAAGAAGGACCACCAAUAUGCUACAACUAUGAGAUCAGAGUCAAUUGUUGUAUUUGUAUUACACCUACCCCUACAUCAACCCCUACUACUACCCCAUCAACUACUACAGUUACAACUACACCCCCAACAUCAACCCCUACUACUACCCCAUCAGAUACUACAGUUACAACUACAACAUCACCCUGUCUGCCUGGUUGUCACUGGUCAGGUUGGAUUGACACUCACUAUCUCACAGAGGGACCAGACGGAGGAGAUUUUGAAAUUAUAGAAAAUAUCGCUAAAUCUCAUCCUAGUAUUUGCAGCCAACCUGAGAACAUAGAAUGCAGAGCCAAGGAAUUACCAAAUGCUCCUUUAAAUAUGUUGGGUCAAAAUGUUACAUGUGAUCCUGGGGUCGGACUGAUUUGCAACAACAAGGAUCAAGAAGGACCACCAAUAUGCUACAACUAUGAGAUCAGAGUCAAUUGUUGUAUUUGUAUUACACCUACCCCUACAUCAACCCCUACUACUACCCCAUCAACUACUACAGUUACAACUACAACCCCUACACCAACCCCUACUACAACCCCAUCAACUACUACAGUUACAACUACAACCCCAACAUCAACCCCUACUACUACCCCAUCAACUACUACAGUUACAACUACAACCCCUACAUCAACCCCUACUACUACCCCAUCAACUACUACUACAGUAACAACUACAACCCCAACAUCUACCCCUUCUACUACCCCAUCAACUACUACAGUAACAAUUACAACCCCUACAUCAACCCCUACUACUACCCCAUCAACUACCACAGAAACAACUACACCCCCAACAUCAACCCCUACUACUACCCCAUCAACUACUACAGUUACAACUACAACCCCUACAUCAACCCCUACUACUACCCCAUCAACUACUACAGUUACAACUACAACCCCUACAUCAACCCCUACUACUACCCCAUCAACUACUACAGUUACAACUACAACCCCUACAUCAACCACUACUACAGUAACAACUACACCCCCAACAUCAACCCCAUCAACUACUAUUACUUCAACAAUUAUAACUCCAAUAACAACUGCCUCUCCUGCUACUUCUACCACAUCCCCGACAACCACUUCCACAGCUCCGCCCAAAGACUGUAUCAAUAUUUAUCCGCAAAGAAAGAAUGGUGAGUCUUGGAAGCCAAACAACUGCUCAACUGAUACGUGUGUGAAUGGUACAAUUAUACAAAAAUAUGUGGAGUGUGGGAAUGUUGACAGACCUACGUGUGUAAAUGGAUACCCACCAGCGAAGGUCUACGACGAGUCCGGUUGCUGUUUUCACUAUCAAUGUCAAUGUGUUUGCAAUGGAUGGGGAGAUCCUCAUUACGUCACAUUUGAUGGACAAUAUUACAGUUUCCAAGAAAAUUGCACCUAUGUUUUGGUUAAAGAAAUUGUUCCUCGAUAUAACUUCAGGAUUGAGAUUGACAACUACAACUGUGACAAAUCUGGACUCGUGACCUGUCCUCGGUCUCUGUUUGUCUACUACAAGUCCUAUACAAUUGUUCUCACUCCUAUCAACACGGAAACAACAACUAGUUUGGUUACCAUCAAUGGUAAGCAGGUCUUCCCCACUUAUUCUAAUGAAGACCUCAUGAUCACCAGCACUGGUGUCCAGUUACUGUUGAAGAUCCCAGCCAUUAAGGCAGAAGUGAUGUUCAGGAGUAUUCAGUUCAGCGUUUCCCUGCCUUACUCCCUUUUCCACAGCAACACAGAGGGACAGUGUGGCACUUGUGACAAUAAUAGGAAAAACGACUGCAGAUCUCCAAACGGUCAGAUCGCUCCGUGUCCUGACACGGCCCAUCGGUGGCAGAUUCCUGAUGCCAAUAAAACCUAUUGUAAACCUGGCCCGCCCCCACCACCACCCCCUACAACACCCCCCUGCCAGCCAGACAGGACAAAGAUCUGUGACAUCAUCAUGAGCCAGGUCUUCAAAUCAUGCCAUGACGUGAUCCCACCGAAACCUUUCUUUGAGGCCUGCAAAUACGAUGUCUGCCACAUGACAAAUAAGACGAUCGGCUGCUCCAGCCUGGAGGCCUACGCCCAAACGUGUGUGGAACAUAGCGUCUGCAUUGACUGGAGGGGAUCAACUAACGGACUAUGUGCAUAUAAAUGCCCUAAACCCAAAGUGUAUAAAGCAUGUGGCACGGCUAUCCAGCCAACUUGCAAUUCAAGAUACAAUGAGAAGUACAUACAGCCAUGCGAGGGAAUUCCAUCAGACAAAAAAUUUGUGUGUGAUGAAGUCAGGGAGGGCUGUUUCUGCCCUGAGGGAACCAUCUUGUUCAACACAUACUCUGGCACCUGUGUUAAAAACUGUGGAUGCACGGGACCUGAUGGCACCAAUAAACAGCCUGGUGAUACAUGGCGGAGUAACUGCCUUGAGUGUGAAUGUAACAAUGACACAAUGAGUGUCCAGUGUAGGCCAGUGGUAUGUCCAACACAACAAGUUGUUACUUGUAAGGAGGUUGGUGAGGUGCUGGUCAAGGAUACAGUGGACUGCUGUCAGAAAAACAAAUGUGUGUGUGAUGUGAGUGGCUGUCCAGAACCACCCCUCUGCCCACUAGGAACUGAGUUAAAAACUUCAAAGGGAAGUUGCUGCCUGACUUACACCUGCGUUCCCAAACCUGUGUGUGUCUUCAACAACAAGGAAUAUCAGCUUGGGGAUGUUUGGUCAUCCCCUAGUAAUUCCUGUGUGCAGUAUAAUUGCACAAACAUAAAAGACAAGUUCAUCCCUGUGGAUUCCAAAAUACAGUGUCCAGAUUUCCGUCCAGAAGACUGCAUCCCUGGAACUGAGACAACUGAUGCAAAUGGCUGCUGUGUAUCAUGCACACCAAGUAACUGUUCAGUGACGAAGAUCUUCACCUACAUCCAUGUCAAUGACUGCAGGUCUGAUGUACAAGUGGAGCUGGCAGCCUGUAGGGGAACCUGUAGAACAUCUUCUAUGUACUCUGCAGUGAAAAUGGGCUUGAUGCACUCCUGCUCCUGCUGUCGGGAGUUGUCGACCAGUGAGAGGCAAGUGGAUAUGGUCUGCUCUGACGGAAAGAAGACCUCUCAUUCCUAUACUUACAUUGAUAAGUGUGGCUGCAAUGUGACUGAGUGUGACGACAAGCACUAAUAUUUUUUUCUUCAAUCAACUGUCUUUUAAAAUGAUCGUAACCAUUAUUCUUACGUAAAGGGACAAUCUGUAAUUCAAACAAAAAAGCAAUAUUCAAUAUGAAUGGUUGUAGCAGUCACAGACUGACCCUUUUAACUGUAGGACAUAUUAAUCAACGAAAGGGUAACCCAGCGUAUCUUUGAUAAUAUUAAAUUACUUUAUUAACCUACAUUUCUGCAUUAAUAUAGACAAUGUUUUGUCACUCUUUUUCUAUGCAAACUUAUUAAACGUAUUCAAAGCAUGAA